ACCGCAAAUGUGAGAAUGAUUGUUGGAAUGUUCGACUCUUCGAGGGCUCCUAAGUGAACCACGAGCUGUCGCUAGCUAAUCGAUUGUGCAUGCUGGAGUUGGGGAUAUAGCAAGUUACAAGACGUCUCAAUGUUAGUCACUAUACCUUCAUAAGUAUUGAAGGUUAAAAAGAUCCAUGCCCAGCAGUGUCAACCGUUAACAGUACUACUAACAGGCAUGAUCGCCACCGCCCCUUCAAGAAAGGUGGCUAGCGAGUUGACCUUCUUGGAAUCAAGUUUGAAUCCCCCUAAUUCCGAGGCGAAAAAAAGUGAAACUGGUCAAGAAAUUGUAAAUCCUGAAGAUUACAUCAAACAUCCACUACAAAAUAGAUGGGCUCUGUGGUUCUUUAAGAAUGACAAAACGAAAACCUGGCAAGCAAACCUCCGUCUCAUCUCCAAGUUUGACACAGUGGAAGACUUCUGGGCUCUGUAUAAUCACAUCCAACUAUCAAGUAACUUGAUCUCCGGCUGUGACUACUCACUUUUCAAGGAUGGUAUCGAGCCCAUGUGGGAGGACGAGAGGAACAAGCGUGGUGGCAGGUGGCUCAUCACACUUUCCAAACAGCAGCGCAGGGCCGACCUCGACCGCUUCUGGCUGGAAACGCUCCUGUGCCUAGUGGGCGAAGCCUUCGAUGACCACAGUGAUGAUGUAUGCGGGGCAGUAGUUAACAUCCGAACGAAAGGAGACAAACUUGCGAUUUGGACAACAGACUACGAAAACAAGGAUGCUAUUACACACAUAGGACAAGGGUGGAAGGAGAGGUUAGGCGUGCCACACAAGGUGAUCAUCGGAUAUCAAUCACACGCUGACACUGCCACCAAGAGUGGUUCCACCACCAAGAACAAGUUUGUUGUCUAAGGAGUUGUUUUUUUUGGUUGUUUUUCCUUUCCGUUUCCAUGGCGUUUGUUGAAAUGCUGUUGCGAAGUUUAAUCUGCUACCCAAUUGAAACCAAAGCUUCAACACAGACGAUUGCCUUUAUUCAAUGAAUUGCAAUAUGAUUUCACGACAAAAUUUGCCCUUUGCCCUCAAAAUUUUCCCCUCAUAUUUGCCUUGAAACAAACCUAUACCUUCGAUGAAGGGUGGGAAUAACCAUGAGAAUUGAAAUACCCCCCAAAAAGUUAUCCAUGUUCCUUUUUUUAAUGCGCCAUUUCCGUUUUAUUACUGAGGAUAUACUAGGAGGCUUUUUGUUGAUAUAUUUUAUGUUUAACAGCAUCACACUCGUAGCUGCCAGGGAUUUGUCUGUGUUUUCGGGACUCCUAAUUCCAAACUGUAAAAAAAAAUAUAUAAAAAAUAUAUAUAUAUUAGUACCUGUCAAAAGUUUGGACACCUACUCAUUCAAGGGUUUUUCUAUAUUUUUACUAUUUUCUACAUUGUAA